AUGACUGAAGAUGAAAUAAGCUUGCUGAUAGCCAAUUUUUCAGAAUCAGUAACUCCAGGUAGCAAAUAUCAUGCUAUGCUAGUCAAACUACAUCAAAUACUUACUAAGAAUUUAUAUAAUUCAGUUGAGCAUUACAUGACAUUAAAGCAGCCUACAACAAUGCCAAAUAUGGAAACUCAUGGAGAAGCUUUCUUGUGGAAACAAUGGGAUCAGGAACAUUCAGAUCGAUAUUUUAAACUAACCCCAAGUGUAUAUCCAAAUAAAUUUGAUUUUAUUACAAUGGAAGCGAAUGAAGCGCUAAUUGCAUUGUUUGAAAAACAUACAGAAUUUCUUAAUAAACUUUCUUCUCGUUAUUUUAAUCAAACAUUUCAUAGCUCUCAUAUUCGAAGAAAACUAUGGAGUAUUAUAUUGUUAUCCAGAUGUAAAUCUCAAAGAAUAAAACUUGAACAAGCAAUUCAAUUGUUUUCACCCAAUCAAAAUCAACAUAUUCUGGUAGAAUGUAGAAACUUUUUAAACUCUUGUGUUUCCAUGUCUUCUAUUAAAGAUUCAGUUGGUUGUUUAUAUGCAAUGAAUUAUUUAUUAAAAUUUUAUCAAAAUAUAAUGAAUAUAAAUGACAAUGUAAAGCAUCAUCAUAUUAAAAUUGUUUCUAUAUUAGUUUUGGUGAUGAAAGAUUAUUUAUCAAAAAAUCAACCUCCAAAUGUGGAAACUAUUGGUGUACUAAUUCAAGAAUUUUUUGUAUUAUUAUCAAUAUUACCAUCAUUUAUAACACAAUUGCCAACAAUUUGGUUUACUCAUCAAUCUUUACAAAAAGUAAUAUAUAAUGAAAAUUAUAAAAUAAAUGGUAUAUCUGAAAUGAAUGAUAAUAAAUAUAUUAAAUUUAGUCAAAGUGUUUUAAAACACUUACGAUAUAUUGAUGAUAAUAUAGCUUCUUCUGUUGUGAAGCAAGUUUUGUUUGUCAAAGAUAUUGAUAUCAUAUCAAAUUUGACAAAUGAAGAAGAUAUUUAUUCAGAAAUCUUCUAUACAUUUAUCGAACCAAUAAUUCAAUCUGUUUUCAUUGGUUAUUUAUCUCAAUCUACAUUAUUAUAUAUAUGGGAUCAGUUAAUAUUAUGUAUUGCUGGAGCUGAACCAAUUGAAUCUAAUUUAUUAUAUAUUUUAAGUUGUUUCAUAGCUAUUUUCAUUUUUCUAUGUUGGAUUAGAAUAUCAAAUUAUUCUCUAUGUGAUAUAAGUCAAUAUGAAUAUAGAAAUACAAUUGAUGAACAAAAAGAGAUAAAUAGAAAAGAAAUAAUUUCAUUAAAUGAACAAUUUCUUAUAAUUGGUCCAAAAUUAGAAAAAGAUGAUUUUCAAUUUUUGAUAAAGAAAUAUUUCUUCAUGGAUAUUUUCUGUCUAUUAAGCGGUACACAACAAUACAACACUAAUAAUUGUCUCUUAUCAAAUGAUGAACUUUUAACAUCAACUGAAUGGUCAUCAAUACUGAAAAAGUCUCAUCUCAUAGAUCCUAGUCAACGUAAAGAACAAAGGUUACUACAUUAUGCAGAGUUGGAAAGAUUACGUAAUACUGAAGAUCAUCUAAUAAAAAUGAAAGAUCAGUUAGAUACUUAUAAAACUAGAUUAAAAGAAGCAUCAGAUGAGAUUUCUCAUAGUAAACGUUUACUUAGUCAAUAUGUAACAAAACAAGAUGAUUCACUUAACAAGAUGCUUAUUCCAACAAAACCUGCACCUAAUUUCAAAGGAAAAGCUGUCAUUAAUGGUAUAUUUAAACAAAUUAGUUUACAAGAUUAUAUGGGCAAAUAUGUUGUAUUAUUCUUUUAUCCUGCAGAUUUUACAUUUGUCUGUCCAACUGAAAUUAUAGCAUAUAGUGAACGCGUUGAAGAUUUUGAAAAAAGAAAUUGUCAAGUUAUUGCCUGUUCAACAGAUUCUGAAUAUUGUCAUUUGGCAUGGACAAAUAUGGAUCGUAAAGCAGGUGGAUUAGGUCCAAUGAAAAUACCACUUUUAGCUGAUACAACAAAAUGUAUAUCACGAUCAUAUGGUGUACUUGAUGAAGAAGAGGGUAAUGCAUUCAGAGGAUUAUUUAUAAUUGAUGGUAAAGGCAUACUCCGUCAGAUAACAGUAAAUGAUCGCCCAGUUGGUCGGUCUGUUGAUGAAACCAUACGACUGUUGGAUGCAUUUCAAUUCGUAGAAAAACAUGGUGAAGUAUGUCCAGCUAACUGGAAAGCUGGUAAGAAAACAAUUAAACCAGAUCCAAAUGCUAGUAAAGAGUUUUUUGCUUCGUCUACAGAAAACGUUCCUGUUCACUAA